AUGGUUCUCACAUGUGCCCAAUAUAAAUGGUGGGGUUGGCAAGAGCAAGGUUGUGAUCUGUUGGACAAUGGUUCAACUAGGACUGAAUCCGAAUUUGAGGAUGGCGAUGAACGCAGAAGAAAUGUAUUUAUUGUUGAACAUGAACAAAAGCGAGCUCUCUUCAAGAUUAGUUCAGGGACUAAUGCACCUCAAAGCUUACGAAGAUAUGACUCUACUCAACAUACACGUUUGACCACUGCACUGAAGCCUGAUUCGGAAUCAUACAAAAAGAUGCGACAAGUAGUCGGUGAAGAUCAAUUCUUUUCGACGCAAAUACUCUUAAUCAUGGUUUGCAUUAUUCAACAUUGCAAGCAAUGGAGAAGCUCGCUAGCGAUGUGCAGGACAAUGCACCAAUCCAUUACAUCAACGACAAAAACAAGCGAUUCAACAAAAAGCUCGAGAAGUUUCAUGGUCAGUAUAGGAAGACAUCAGACAAGGUGGACCUCGAACGUGGAACUGCUAUCUAGGGAGGAAUGGCCAAUUAUUACUGUUCUUUCGAAAUUUUAUCAUUUCUUAAUUCUUAAUCUAUGUAUCUUUUCGUAA